ACCAGUAAGGCGACGCAAUAUGAACUUGACGUGUGUACUGAGCGUUUGUGAUGUGGCAGUUUGCUUUUGGCUUCGGGAGAUAGUAUCCUAACUUUUGAUUAGGUUGACUGGAGUCUUGUGAAGUAGAUUUCAAACUUGACCUUAGACGUUGAUGAAGCAGCCUGCAGCGGCCAAGUGGUAUGACAGGAGGGAUUCUGUCUAUAUAGAGUUUUGUGUGGAGGACAGUAAAGAUGUGCAAGUCCGUUUUGAAACGUCCAAAAUUGACUUUAGCUGUAUUAGUGGGGCAGAUAAUAUCAAACACCAGAAUAUAGUGGAUCUUUUUGGAGAGAUUGACCCCAAAGAAUCUAAACACAGGCGUACUGACAGGUCUGUGUUGUGUUGUUUGCUGAAAGCAGAGGCUGGGAAGUCAUGGCCACGACUCACCAAGGAUAAGGCAAAGUGCAACUGGCUAAGUGUGGACUUCAAUAAUUGGAAAGAUUGGGCAGAUGACUCGGAUGAGGACUUGUCCAGUUUUGACAAAUUCUCUGAGAUGAUGAACAGUAUGGGAGGAGAUGAUUUACCGGACUUUGAUGGUGCAGAUGACGAGCAUGAUUCUGCAGACAGUGAUGAUGAAAAAAUGCCUGACCUUGAGUAGAUGAACAGGGAUGCCACCUCAGUAGUAAAUAAAGUGAGUUUGGAGGAGGGACUAUACAUGAGUUGGUAGACAGGCUGGAGAAGAAACCUCAUCUCUCUGUUUCCAAAGAGAAACUCCUCCAAGAAGUGACUGGGAAUGACUGUUGGAUACAGACAUGCACAGAGAUCCUGGGCGAUGUACAGUGCUGUGCUUUGCUGUUCUGCAUGAACAAUUCUGUUCAAAUUAAAAUGUUGUUCGUUGACUUCAGUGACUGUAAUGGGGC